AUGAGACUUUACCACCGUGGAGUGGCUUUUUGCAAAAAGAUGAGUGAGGGGGAAACUCAGUCAGAGGAGAAGCUAAAUAUACGAGAUCACAAACGACGUAGAUUGCUCGCGGCUAAAUAUGAAUUGAGACGAAAGCUUGAUUUAGAUAAAGCCUUUUGUAAAGAUCCCAAUCUUCCUAGUGAUAUGCGGGACAAAGAUCGUGAGAAGUUGUCCAAGUUGACAAGAAAGAGUUCCUUUGCACGAGUAAGAAGAAACCUAUGUAUUUUCACGGGUCGCCCUCGUGGAGUAAAUGAGUUCUCCAUUUCUCGUAUCGUUUUUCGUGGAUUAGCAUCUCGAGGUUCUUUGAUAGGCAUAAAGAAAUCGUCUUGGUAGCAACCACCAAACCAAUAGAACCAGGGUUAGCUCAGCUGAUGGUCCACAAGCAAGGUAAGUAGGUCCAUUACCGGCCGGCUCCGGAAC